CUCCAGCGCUUGUUCUUGGCCAAUUACUUUGCCUGAGCGCCAUUUCUCUGAAUGGUGUCUGGUACUGACCGAUUGAGGAUCGCGAUUACAUUAACGGCCUUGAAAUUCAAGAAGCCCGACCAGUCUUGUCAUUCUUGUGUACUCGAACUACGGUCCAAAUUCCCCCCCUCUGUCCCACAUGCGCCAACAACAGAUGGCUCAUGGAGGACGCAUGCGCUUGAUCUUGAAAACGAGAUUAAGGUGUUGAAGGAAAGGCAGGAGGAGGAACAGAUCGAAUAUCUCGCUCGCGUAAACGAGGCUACUGCUGCUUUGGCCGCGUUUCAAACAACCAGCACGGGAAUAGGCGUGCAGGGUUCUCCAGAGGAACCCCACCUGGUUCAGAAUUCAACAUUGCUACCAAAUGCGGAGGUAUCGAUGAAAACCGCGGUACCGAAGAAAAAAGGCAAACAAAAAAAGUCGAACGUUCUGGAUAGUAAUGGAGUAAAUACCACCAAGAAAUCUUCUGCCCAAGCACCAGUGCCGUUCAAGUCAGAGGUACAAGUGCCCAAAAAACCUCUUCGACUCGAUCUGCAAGCGAUAUUCAAAGAAUUUCAGGGAUGUGACUCCCUCGAGGGAAGAACCUUAAACUCAACUCCAAUACCAUGCACGCGAACGAUUGAGGAUUCCCUUUUUAGCUCCUUCUCCAGCUUUGACCGUCUGGUUCUUGCGUUUACUACACACCCUACACCUCUUACUGUCUCUCAAAAGACUCUGUUGUUAUCGUCAACGAUCCGGACUUUGCAUGCUGUUUCGCGCGUUUUGAACAGCGUCAUAUCACUAUCAUCAUCUCCCUCCGGAUCACUUUCCACGAGGAAAACAAACUCAAUGAAGACCAUUCAAACCCUGAAUAUCCUGUUGACUCACCUUCUAUCUACGUCUUUCAAGUUUCUUUUUCCGCGUACGGCUUCAUUUUCUGAAGACGCCGUUGUUCAGCAACCAGGCAAAAAGAAAAGGCAAGGAAAGAAGAUGCAGAAAAAGGAUAAAGACCCCUCUGACUUGCGAUCAGACCCAACGGCUGGUUCUUCAAAACCUCCUUUAUCACUCGCAGAGGAAUUUUCUCCAGAAUUCUGGACAUCCUUGGAACGGCUUUUCGGCAUUUUGACAACAUCGAUCCUAGAACCUAUUCUGAAAUCUUUCGUGUCGCUCUCUCAGCAUUAUCUGUCGAUGACUUUCGCUCCCGAAAACCAGGGUAUCGGGAAAGCGGGCUCCUCACCCUUCUGCAAGUUCUCAGAUAUCAGACCGGAUUUGCUCUCUUUGGUUCAAAGCGGUUGCAAUCAAAUAUUUCAAGCUAUCGUGUUAUUCGAUUCCAUAGAUUCCUUACCACGCAGCCGUGCUCAAAGCACCCGCGACAGCGGCUAUGCAUGCUAUGUUUCUGGCGUCAGAGAAUAUCUCUCCCUGGUAGCUGUACGCGAACUGUUCAAAUCAUUUGCGGUUAACUAUAGUGGCGGCCUUCGCAAUGUCAACCCCACGCACAAAGCUCGUAGUAUCAAUGCUUUUUUGAAGAGUCUUCCUCAAGACCUCAGCGAUCCGGCUAUAUCUACGUGCAUGAAAUCUCGUACCAGCGGCGUACUUCCACUCCCUCGAUUUUCUGGUGAAAUCUCCGCAUUCACUACCGAACAAAAACCGGUACCAGAAUCAAGUUCAGCAGACACUCAAUCAAAGGAAUUUGCUGCAGCACCCAAGCCGGUAUCUCAGCACCCUCGAGCUCGUACCAGAGAAGCUCGGAUUCGUGACUUGGCGCGGAAAGACGCUGUUUGGUAUCUUGCUACGGUUUUGCAUGUCUUGUUCGAGGAUGGGUGUUUUUCAGACGAUGUUAACGACAUUGGAGGUAUCGAUACUGAUGAAGUUGGUGCCACAAUUACCUCGGUACCUUCGUUCGAAAUGAACGCUUCUAGUACCAACCCUGGACUCAACCCCAAUGGAGAUAAAAGUCCUGAUGUCUCCGUCCCAUCUGAAUCGAACUCCCUUUCAACGUCUUCGGGGAGCAAGGGACUCAACCAUGAAAUCAUCCCUCCAGCUUCAGUUCAUCUUAAAGUAGACAACAUCUCCCAAAAAUAUUCUUCAUUGAACCCCAACGAGGCAGCCAGAUCAAGCUUAUCGUUGCUCAGAACAGGAUUAUUAGAUUCAUUCGAUGCAUUGCUGUUUUUGGUGACAGAAUGUCGGCCAGCUGCUUCGUUUCCUGUAUCCCAGGGGUGCAAUGGCUCGUUUGCCAUGAUAGAUAUAAACGCGGCCACUAGCAAUGCUUCGGCCAACAAUGUUGAGGAUAGUAUGCCAGGUGAUACAAGUGGCGAAGCUGGUGGAGGGACAGCGAAUCUCCAUCGUACUGUGACACCAUCCUCAGGUUCAUGUACAAGACAGCUAGCAUUCAAUUUGGGGUCAGGAAUCAUGGAUGAAGUUGAGUAUGACAUGGUAUUGGGGGUUGUCGAGAGGUAUUGGGAGUGCACAUUAGGCUUGAAGGGUUUGUAAACAGAAUAUACCAACAAUCAAAAGUGAUGCACAGAUGAUGACCUACAGUCAUUCUAGUGUAGAGCCUUUGUCUGCUUAUACUGUAAGUGCAUAUGCUGCUUAGUAGGAAACAAAUGAGUUCCGCAUUGGAUUGCACAGAACAAGGUGUGACUGGUGUAUUGUCAAUAUCAGUCAGUUAUCCUCUUCCAAUCAGUUCAAUGUUCAAAAUAAACAAACAAAUUUUCAUAAUCAAAGAAAUGCACCAGUACAGACCAGUACUUGGAAAAACAGAUGUCCGAACUGUGAAGUGAAUGGUAUAAUCAAAAACAAUUUUGCAAUAACCUCCCAAAAUGAUAGAGGAGUAUAACAAAGAUCGAGAAGGUAUGGAAAGUUAUAUUUAACUGUAGUACCAUUCGACUGGAGAUUA